CUCAAACGAUUUUGUUGUCACCCAGAAUCCCACAUCAGAUGACCGUGUUGCAUUUGGUGUCACUGAGAUUGAAUCUAAAGAUCUAGACGACGUCCAACGGGACGAACUCUUGAGCAGGUGAUCGGCUCCCCUUUCUACGCGUCGCCCUGAUUCAUGAUUACCAUUGCAUUUAGCGACCAUUCCCCAGAGGAUAUCACUCUGAGUCAGCAUGCAGCAGACGUCUUGUCUUUAUUUAAUAAUAUCCGCACCGCACGGCGAGGUGGAUCCGAACAAGCCCUUGCCGUUCGUGAAUUUAUCGUUCGGCGAUGCGCACCGAUCAUCUCCCAUCGACUCCGAUCCGACAAGUUCAUCUUUCAAGACACGACAUUAGAUCAGAUUCUCCAAGGAUGGAGACCUAGCGAUGGGGACCAUUUUGUAAAGACUGAGUGUGAAAUACCAAAACGCCUUAUCCGCCUAUUCCAGACGGUGGGCAUCCAAUGUCGACAGUCCAACGGGAAAUGUUUUGCACCAUGGGCGAAGGACAUAGCUCCAGCUUGGAUGGAAGCAUUUCUAUCGUGCCUAUCGUUGUGCAAGGAUUAUUUCAAACUAGAAGGCAAGAAAGUGGCAAGCAACACCACCAGGGGCGCGAUUGCUCUAAAAUUGCUCCAAACAUUGGUUGAAUCAGAGGGGUUCAAAUAUCUGCUUGGGCUGAGGUCUGUCAACGCUAUCCUGGUGUUAAACCGUCGGCAAGCUCGCUCCAAUACUGAAAACACAGAAGACCCCUCAGCUCGCUCCGAUACUGAAAGCGCCGAAGACCCAGCUAGCUCUGAUGCUGGAAACACAGAAGGCUCGGCUCGUUCCAAUACUGAAAAUCCAGAAGACUCCGAUGACACACAUGGCGACAAUUUAGAGCUCACCGCUGAGACAGAAGAGGAUGCGGUCGCUCUUACCACGCGAUACCUGGGUGAUGCUGUCGCGUGGAUCACUGCAACAGAUUUCCUAUCCGGUCCACGUAUUCGACGUACCCCGAGGCUUCGUCUCCAUCUCGCGAUCACCGCUCCUCCUGUCGAGCCGAAAGCAAUGGGAGAUGCAGUGCCAAUCUUCACGGAUAUAUUCAACAAAACCCUUAAAGACUGGGAAGAUCAAUCCAGAGGCCGCAACUCGAGGGUGCGUACAUGGUACUGGCAAUCUGUUGGGAAGCUUCGAAAGUGCAAGGAGUUUCAUGGGACAAUCCACUGCGAGGCAUCGCUGAUGGGUGCCAUUGUACAGUACAGUGGCCAAGCUAAUAACACGCAAAAUACCCAACUUCCGGAGAUAUUUCAUAGCACUUCCAAUAAGCCAAGGACAAUUGGAGUGGCUAAAAAAUGUUGCUGGUGCUGCAGCAUGCUGGCAACUCUCCUGAACUCAACAGAUAUCCAGUUCAGCCUCCCAGGCUCGCAUGGUCGAAUAUUCCCGUGGGCCCUUCCCAGUAUGGGAAUAUCUUAUGAGGUUGCUUGCUCGCUUGAAGAGAAGCUCAAAAACCAACUGUCACUGGCAAUUUGGAAGAUGCUGGAUGAACUCAAACAUAUGUCCGAAAGCCAGACAAGCAGCCCGGUAUCAGAUGGCAGUAGUGAUGAGCUUGAGCUUGAGCUUGGGAGUGAUCGUUGGAAUGGAGGGAUGGAUGGUCUGGAACAUGACCUUCGCUUAAGAAACAGGAUUCUUUUUCCUGUUUCUUGAGUGGUCUCUUUAGCAUUUGAAGCAACUAGUUUAUUCCUGUGUCAGUUGAG